UCCAUGUCAGCUCUUGGUUUUGGUUGUCGGCGAGUGAGGCUGUUGAGGCAGUCAGUGGAGAAAAAUGGAGGAACGGAAUAUCACCCCGUCCCAACCCGUCUCGCACUUGAUGUCGUAGUAAACCAAUGAGUUGGUGGGUGUUGCAUUCCCUGCCUUCGUGCGCUCCCUCUUUCUAGAGAGCUUGGUUAAUGGUGUCACAAGCAUAUACAAACACUGACAGACAAACAGCCCGGCCGAAGUGAGAAGACCGACCGACCAGCCCAUCCUCCGUCCCAUACGUCCCUCAAGCCAGUGAGUGAGCUUGGAUGGUGUUGGUGUCAUCUUCGCGGAUCGCAAUAAACACCGAUCCUUUCCUCUUUCUGUCUCCCGUGUCUGUGGCGGCCAUGAUCCGGCAUCCUCUAUGUCUCGAAUCCCGCGGGUUCUUUGUGUAGGACCGAGCGAAGACAAGAAGGGCCUAGGCUGUCGAGGGGCCAUUGGCCGUGAAUCCCCGGCGGAAGAUUAAUGCCUGCCGGAUUGAAUUCAGGGUCGUAAUCGCAACCCGUGCUGGGCCUCAGCACAGACCUGGGCUCUUUAGUUCCUUCCAAGCCCCGCCCCCCAUACUGGUCUGGUCUCAUGACAUCCCUGAGGGCGGUUCGUUUUCCCCAGUGCCGGGUCCGCCCGAGCCCUUGAGCGAGUCGGAACAAGCGCGUCUGGACUUCUUCCUCGCCUGUGUCAAUGAAUGGCGAUCCGCUCGAGGUUUCGAUGGCAUGUCUCGCUCGUCGGCCAUUAAGUUUUUAAUGGCCCGCAAGUUCCACGUGGAUCGAGCCCUGGAAUUGUACCAACAACAUGAGCUCAUGCGACUGCGUGAGGAUCUAAGUCACGUCGAGCCUUCCGAGUCGCCUAUUCGGGAAGAACUCCUUUCGGAGAAGUUCACAAUUCUCCCAGUCAGAGACGUCAACGGCGCCACCCUGGCCCUUUUUAACGCCCACAAGCACGACCCCAGUCAGACGGAUCACCGCAGCACCUUACAAGGGGUGGUGUAUCAAUUGGACGUGGCCUUGGAAAAUUUAGCCACUCAACGAGGGGGACUCGUAUUUAUCUAUAAUAUGUCCGGUUCCAAGUACGCUAACUUUGACUACGACCUCAGUCAAAAGAUGUUGACGCUCCUGAAAGGCGCUUACCCGGCUCGACUUAAAAAGGUGCUCAUUGUCACGGCUCCAUUCUGGUUCAAGGCUCCUUUCAAGGUCCUACGGUUAUUUGUGCGAGAAAAGCUUCGCGAUCGCGUCUUCACUGUCAGCUUGCCUCAAUUGCAAACCCACAUCCCUCCUCAAGCCAUUCCCUCCCACAUGGGCGGUCAAUUAGUUCACGAUCAUGAGGCUUGGUUAUCCGAUUGUUUAGCAAUUAGUCAGAGUCGAGACGGUCAACUGGUCACCAUCAACAGCAGUAGCCAGCCCUCUACGCCGCAUGAUCAUCGGAAACGACAUCCUACUUUAGAGCAGUUGCAAUCCAUGCCUCUAACCCUUACGUCGGGAGCCAAGGACAACUCCCUGAACCUGUCCGACACCAAUUCGGCGGCAAUGAAUGGACUCAGUAAACUCAUCAUCCCGUCAGUGCCUCAUCCCGAAGACGAGGCGCUCACCCACAACGUGGUCAACGGCAACGGGCAUCAUCAUUCCAUUACUCAUUCUGAUAUGACCGUUUCCAACUGCAGCUCGGGUGGUCUCUCUGAAGACGAGGAAAAUGAUCGAAUGGCUGCUGCCGGAAUGACUUUAUCCGAGUUUAUUGAGCACGUCCGCAUCAAAGGUCGGCGUGGUCUUUAUGACGAAUAUGGGGAGAUUAAAAAUCGGCCACCCAUGGGUACGUUUAACCAUGCUCGAGCCUUUGAAAACCAAGAGAAAAACCGCUACACAGACGUUCUGUGUUAUGAUCAUAGUCGGGUUCAAUUGCAAGACGGCGAAAGUGAUUAUAUCAAUGCCAAUUUCGUGGACGGGUACGAGCAACCUCGAGCAUUCAUCUCUUCGCAGGGCCCUCUGCCCAAAACGUUUCCGGAUUUCUGGCGCAUGGUCUGGGAACAGCACGUGUUAGUAAUCGUCAUGACCACUAAAACCACUGAGCGAAAUCGCACAAAGUGUGGACAGUAUUGGCCAGAGGACGUGGGCUCUUCUCUAAAAGCCAAACCUUUUGAAAUUCAUUCCGAAGAGAUUGAAAACUGCGAGGAUUUCUAUGUCACACAUCUCACACUUAAGAACCUGGAGACGGGCGAAAUUCGUCCAGUUUGCCAUUUUCAAUUUGUGUCAUGGCCAGAUUACGGGGUACCCGAAUCGGCCCUUUCCAUGAUUAUCUUCCUUGAAAGAGUCAGAGAGAAGCAGGCGAGCAUGUUGUCCGAUUUGAGUAACGAAUGGCAAGGCCAUCUCUUGGGGCCCCCAAUUGUUGUGCAUUGCUCGGCCGGGAUAGGCCGCACCGGCACUUUCGCCACUUUGGACAUUGCUAUCAGGAAGUUCGAGGACAUUCAGAAAAUUGAUAUACGCUCUACGGUGGAACAUAUACGGGCACAGAGAGCGUUCUCCAUUCAAAUGCCAGAUCAGUACGUGUUUUGCCAUUUAGCCUUUCUCGAGUACGUGGUUCACAAGGAUUAUGUCGAAGAAAUUGAUUGGACUGGAUUCAAUGAUGAUUGCGAUUCAGAAUAAAUAAGUUAUGAAUCAUUGCUCCAUUGUCUCCACCAACCACAUUCUCAAACUGACUCGUUAUAACCGUGAAUGAACCGCAGCCAGCCGCCGCAGCUCUAGCUAUCUUGGACCUUCCCCUUGACUACUUUGACAAUAUUCUCUUCAUGUGUUAGAGCCUGUCCAUUAAGGAAGAUGGAGGUGAAUGCUAUGGUGCAUCCACAAUUUUUUCAGCUUUUUAUCGCCAAGAAUGAUCAUAUUUAAAUGAUCAAUUCAGGGCUCUAAAGCAUCAGCGAUCAGCAACAACUUUUUCGUCGCUGUUCAUUCAUUAUCAAACAAGAAUCCUCGAUUUUGCGCCUUUGAUUUCAUUUUUUUAGAUGGAUUCCAUGUGUCUUCUUAUAUAUUAUCUAUGAGCUAAGUUCAUGUUUGCCUUGUUGUAUUUGCAUCAUAUUUCAUACCAAUACCUAUCAAAAGAUAUUUUUUUUNAACAA